AUGUUUGGAAGUGAUGGUAUGUUGGGAAGAGGAAUAUUGGCAGGCAUUGGAGGCAGAGUCAUUUUCGGGACAGAGGGCAACGUAGGCAACGAUGGCAAUGGCGUAUUAGCUGUUGGAAGUGUUGGCAAAGAUGUAAUGCUUGGCAAUGGUGGCAAUGUGGUUGCUGUUGGUAAAUUGGAAAUAGUUGAAAUUGAUCAAAUUAAAACAGAAUUUCCAACUUACAAAGCAAUCUUGCAAAUUACAACAAAUAUGGCUGCUUCUAGCAAUUGCUCAAUCGCCCUCUUGUUGAUCGUAGCAUUAUUGUCCUUAUCAAGCAUAUCGACUAGUCAUGCUGCUCGUAGCCUACUGCAACUUCCCAACUUGCCUACGAUCCCGUCAUUGCCUCAACCAACAAUGCCACAGUUGCCAAAUAUUCCAAACUUGCCAACAGCAUCCACAUUGCCACCAUUGCCAAGUGUAACAUCUCUGCCAACACUUCCAACAGCUAAUUCACCUCUACCUUCUUUGCCUACUUUCCCCUCUGUCCCGAAAAUGACUCUCCCUCCAAUGCCCGCGAAUCCUCUGCCCAACAUGCCAUCACUUCCCAAAAUUCCUUCAAUUCCAACACUUUCACCUCCUCCAUCCAACUAA